AACGUGGCUCUUAAGGGAGACCUUUUAUAUUUUCAAUUUACCAAUUUAAUCAAAGUUUGUUCGUGAUAGUUAAUGACUUAGAAAGACACUAAAGUGUUUAAAAUUUGAAAAUCUGAAAGAAAUAAGGAAUAACAUUUAUAUUUUCAUAUGUUUCUAAGCGCUAGAAAAAGUGUUGUUAAGAUCGGUUUCUGCGCAAGCGCAGUUCGCUUCUUCGUCUUCGCCAGCCUUGCAAACCCAUGGAGGGUAAGCCUAGCAUAUCAGAAAUGGCGACCGAUACGGACUCUGAUGUCACAAAAUUGAAGGGGACAAAAAUUUAUGUUUUGGUCGAGGAUGCUUUAUUUGAUGUAUUAGUUGUGUCAUUUCAAUUUGGGACCAAAAUAUUUCAAGGAGCACUGUUGGAUAUCACAAAAAAAAAUGCUCCAUAUGGAAUUGUGCCUCCUGCACCAGAGGUACCGAAAGAUGAGGAAAAUGUUUCUUCAACUAAUGGUAAUGGAGGAACUGAAGAAAAAAUUGACAAACUGUAUGCUUUGAAGCAAAGGCAUACAUAUUAUCAGGUACCUCCUGGUACUCACUUUUACUUUGGUCCUUAUCGGCGCAAUGCAAAAGAUAAAAAUGUUCGCAUGCGUAGGUUGCGUCCUCGAAAAGUUUUGUGCUCUCAUUGCCAGGAAGUUGUUCAUGAUGAUUCGAAUCAAAAAAGAGUUCCAGGAGUUGUGACUCGGAACACUGCUAACAAAGGGAAUUUACAACAACAAAGUAAUGGUACAAAUGAAUCUGAAAAUGGUGCUAAUACGGGUAGUGUAGCAAAUCAAAGGAUAGCCACAAGAAGUACAAAAUUAGACUCAUCAGACAAAAGUGAUAGUGCCUCUACAAAUACUUCAACUGAAAAUGAUGUUAAAAAUGAAUUAACUCAAGAAAGUACUGAAUCAAAAACUAUUGACUCCACAAGAUCAAAUUUAAGAGGUGAAAAAAUGGUUUUGAGGAAGAGAAAAUCUACAGAUGUUGAUAGUUCAGACUCUUCAGGGGCUUCCUCAGAAAAGUUAAAAAGAGUUGAGGCUUUGAAAACUGAAACAAGUGAGACUGCGACAGGAUCUAAUGUUGCAUCUUCUAAGCAGGGGUUAGCUAAAACAAGCCCAGUGAUCAAAAUAUCAUUUGCAAAUCCUCAAGGUAAAGAUACAGUCUUGAAAAUACCUGCAAGGAUUAAAAAUGCUAGUGACACAGAGGAAGACAGUAAUUGGUCUUUGCAGGAGAAUUCAGACUAUAGUACAAAAAACUUUUCAAGUGCUAAAGCUGCUAAAAAAGCUCUAAAAAAAGCAAAAAAAGAAGCCCAGAAAAGGGCAGCAACCACAGCUACUUCACCUACCAGUACUACUGUUUUAAGUCCUAGUAAUGAAAAUGGGGAUGCAUCUGCUACAGAGAAAGAAAAACAUCAUCACCACAAACAUAAAGUGAAAAGAAAGCGCAAACAUAAAAAUGGGGACACAGAAGCUGAGAAAUGUGACUUAGAGAAUACCGAUACCAGAAAUGUGUUUAAUACUACAAAUGGUAAUGAUGGAUGGUGUUUGAGGACAAGUUUUCCUGGAGACAUUAGUUCUUCUGGAGAUCUGAAUAAGUCGGCAAAUAUGUUUGAAGAUGUUAAAAAUAAAUGUCUUCAUCAGAAACUAUCAAUUAGUUUGAAACGCUUAAAUGCCAAAGCAUAUAUGAGAUGUAGUCCUAAAUAUUCUAUAGAAGAAGAUUCGGUUGCCAGUGAUGUAAGUUCUACUAGUAAUGUUAGUGUGUGUUCUGGUUCUGGUAGUGAUUAUGGUGAUGUGCCAGAUUUUCCUAAGCAUUCAUCACCUCUCAGGGACAUGGACAAGGUAAAACCUUUGAUGAUGAGAAUUAGUACCCACAAUGUAAAGAAAUGUGUUCUGGAUUUAGGUCGUGAAAUGUCAGUGGGUGAUAUUGUGUGGGGAAAAAUCCAUGGUUUCCCAUGGUGGCCUGGCAAAGUUCUUGCUUUAUCUGUGUCUCAGAGGGACAAUGGUGGAACAGCAAACCAGCAAGCUCAUGUAUCGUGGUUUGGGUCCUCGACAUCUUCUUACAUGCCUUGCAAUCAACUGACACCCUUUCUGGACGAUUUUAAAAUUAGGUUUAAUAAGAAGAAAAGAGGACCUUACAAGGAAGCUAUUAAACAAGCCAUGCAUGAGGCACAGUUACCCCAUAAUGAUCUUAGUGAAUUGGGGUUUACCCCAUCAUAGCAUAGGCUUUCAACUAGAUCUUUUUUUUAUAAUUUACAUCAAAUAAUGAUGCCAUUUAUAGCAUUAGUGCAAUUUUUGUUUAAUAUUUGUCUUUUGCUUAGUAAUGCUUUUGUUAAGAAAUAGCUUCAUCUGUCUUUGGGAUGAUUUCAUUUUACAUAAUGUUGAUUGUUAGGUGAAAUUUUCAUUGUUAGCCAAACUUCUGUUUGUGAGAAAUUCGUAUUAUUAGGAUUCUGUUAAACUGUUUUUUCACUUCGUAAUUCCUACUGUUAAUUUUUGAGUGUUUAUUUAUUCAUUGCAGCAUAUAUGUUUGUGUAUUUUUCAAAACUUUUCUGAUUACAGUGCAAGUCAUCUGUAAAAUCUGGAAUUCUAAAUUAAACUUUCAUAUUGAAUGCUUUAAAAUACUUCCAUGUUGUAAAUUUAAAUUUUGAAUGCUCUUAAUUUUAUUAACUGUAAUAACUAUUCUUUAUAGUAAGAAAUAAUGAAAAAUUAAAGGUGCUAAAUUUAUUGCUAAUAUAAAAACUUCAUAUGCAUUUUCAUCUUUUAUCAUUCACUAAUAAAGUAUUUUGAAAUGUAUUCUUCUAUUAUUGAUAUGUCUUUUAAUUGUGUUAUUACUAUGUUAAAACUAAUUUUUAAGUUCCAGUUUGUUAUCAUGACGCAGAGAAAAGUAAUGAAAAGAGCAGAAAAGUAAUGUUUUUGUCCUCUCUCUGUUGUUAUCACCUUCUUUAUUCCUCCAAAAUACUACAACUUGUUUAGGUUAUAAAAAUUUGCAGCAAUUUGUCAGAUUUGAUAUAAAGGAAAGAAAAUUGCAUUAGCUUGUUUUUAUCUCGAUAUAUACAUUUUUUUUUUUUGUUAUAACAAUUAAUGUUUUUUAAAAUUGUCUUAUUUAUACAAUCUAUUUAUAAGUUUUUUAAUGCACAGAAUUGGAUUUGUUUUUGAAACAGUAUCUGUAAAAAAAUCAUAAUCAUCCCCCCAUUAGGGAAUGUAUGUGGAAUUUGUGGAUUAAAAGAUUUAUUCUAAUCCCCAAUGCUAUUCUAGUCUGAUAGUCUCUUGUUUCGUUGAAUUAUUGUCUUUGUUGGUUAGAACCAAUGUUGAUAAUUUAUUUAUUUGAUUCAAAUGAAAGUUAUCAUUCUUAGGUAUAAAAUGGAGCUUCUUAAAUCAUGGUGGUAUGAAACUUUCUUAGCACUUUCUUUCAAAUUCUUUACAUAAAAGUAGUUUUUUAAAAAUCAGAUCACUUUAAGUUUAAAAGAGAUAAUAUUAAUAUUUUAAUGGAUUUAUUUGAUGUCUUUCUAUUUUUAAAAAAAAAUUAGAAUAACAAUGAAGGUGAAAGCUCAAUUUUUUUCCCCUUUUUGAAAAGGAUUAGUUAAUGGGAAAGUUCAAGAAGAUAUGGUUUAAAAAUUAAUUUCAUCUUCAAUAUAAAGCAUGUAAAAUUCUGUACAUAUAAUAUUAUUUUUCAAAAUAAUAUUUCAUGUUUUUUUUUCCAGUAAAGAAAUUCUUUGAGGCUCUUUGAAUAUGUCCUAGUUGUAAAUUAAAUUUAAAAGGGAUUUUUUUAUUUAAAGUUUUUAAUUUUUUUUAAGCACUGCUUCAUUAAUUAUAAUAUUAAUAUUCUUGUAUGGAAUAAAAUAUUUAAAGGAGCUUAGAUAUUUUUAAUUAAAUAUAUUUAUCUAAAUAUAUAUUUUCUUGAAAAUAUAAUAUGUAAUUAUUUGUGAAAAUUGGAAUUUUUAGCCUCGUGUGACUUCUGCCUUUUACUUCACUUCUAAUUAAAUAUAUUUUGCUUUUGAAAAUCAUUAUUUGCAUUGGCUCUAUAAUUGGGUUCUUGCCAGAUAAGUUUAAAUCAGGUGUCCUAGUAAGCUGAUAAUUUAAAAUAUAAUGUAGCAAUUUAGUGGCAUCAAUGUUGUUUAGUUUUUCUGUAUAAAUAUUUCUUUGAAUUGGCUUAUUGUAUUAAAUGUAAUCUAAUUUACUUUGAGACCCUGAUUUAAAUUGAUAUAAUAUUAUUACAUGUGAUAAAUUAAUAAUUUUUGCAUAUUUAAAAGUAUAGAAAUAAGAGCUCUGAAAUAUGUAUGAAUUUUGCAAAGUGUUGUAAAUCUUGUCUGUGAUGUCAUAUAUAUAUGUAUAUAUAUAGUUUGAAAAUAUAAAGAAUUCUUGCAAUUUGAAUUGGAUUAUUGAUAUUCUAUAAAUUUUCUUCUUUGAAAUAAUAUUGAAACUUUAAUUUUGACUUAAGCAUAUAAGUAUUUUGCUGAUUUCUAACCCAUAUAUUUAGUAGUUUUUUUUUCUUUUAAAUUUAAAGAAUUUUACUGAGAUUAUGGCAUAAUUUAUCUGUUUUAAACUUCAUUUGAUUUUAAUGAAGUGAUUUGUUCUGAAAAAUAUGUAUUGAUUAAUCAUAAAAUGAAUGCAUAAGUAUGACUUGAAUUUAAUCUUGUAUUUCAAAUGUAAUUUCUGUUCCCACAUGAUGCCCGGAAGACGUGAUUAUUCAUUCAGCAGUUUUUAUUUCCAUUUUCUUUGAGUUCAUGGAGAAGAUUAGGACUUCUGCGAUUUUUGAUUUUUAAAUUAAGUGUGGUGUGAUUAGUUGGAUUAAUAUUUUAUUUUGUGGUGACGUUCAUAAUUUUGAAUCAUAAUUAGAUACCAAAGCAGGCACCUGUUUCAUAAACUGCCACACCUUACCAGCUUUAAGACAUUUGAUCUUGGUGCAUUUAACAGCUUCUACGUAUGAUCCCAUGGCAUAUCAUUGGUAGAAUCCAGCCUUAAAAUUCUAACCCUCUGAUCCUAAACAAUACCAAUUUAUUGUUUGUUGUGAAAAAUUAAAUAAAUCACUAAAUUCAAAUAAUUAAAUUUUUUAUGCUAUCUUUCAGAAUAAUAAAAUUCAGUCUUGUCAUUAAUGAAGUUUUACCUGAUAAAAUGCCAUAAGUCAUGGUCAAUUAUGAUAUCAAAGAAUAUUCACCCAAAAGGAAAUUCUUCAUCUCAAGUUAUAGAGAACAGCCUUUAUUUUUGUGACUUUAUCAAUAAUUAACAUGUAUGAAUCAGUGAAUCGGGAAAUAUGAUUAAUAGAUAUGGUUUCAACCCUUGCUAGCUAAACAGCAAGUUAUAUAUGUAAUGGUUUUUUUUAUUUGUACAUAACAUUUCAUGUAAUCAGUGCUGGUAGAUUAAAAACAACAACAACAAAAAAAAAACCCUUCUAAACUAAUGACAUUUAUUUUCCUUUACAGCCUUCUCUCUUAAUAUAUAAAUCUAUUUUGCAAGUGAUUAUUUAAUAAACUCAUAAGAGCUGUAAAUAUCUAUAAUUCAAAAUCAUAUGCCAAAAAUGGAGACAGUAAUCUGCUUUGAAUUAAAUUUCCUAUAAAUUUUGAUGAUACAAAAUAUAGCAUUUUCUGCAUUGUUUUUUUAGAGCCAGGAAAGUAAUUUUGUUAAAAAUCAGUUCCUACUUUAUUUUCAUCCUCCUGUGUUACGUAGAUUUAAUCACUACUUGUCUACCUCCCACCCUUUUCCAUUUGGUAAUGUUCAUUAAUUUUUUCCAGGGUUAAACAUUAAUCUUAAUGUAUUAAAUUCUAUGAUCCGAUUCUUAAUAUUGCCACAAAUUCUCAUAUUUAUUGUUCAGUAUAACCAUGUGAAUUUGUUAAGUUUAAAGUUAAAACAAAUUUUUGAUAUUAAUUUUUAAAAGAACUAAUAAAUGAAGUCUGAAAAAUUGAAAAGGAAAAAAUUAUACUUCCAUCUGAUAUAAUUUUGAGUAUGCAGCAUAAUUUUUCAUGUCCCUAAUAU